AUGUCCCCCAACUUCGAGAAGUCAGUCAAGGGGGCUACUAAGCUCAAGUUGGCGGCCCCUAAAUCCAAGUAUAUCGAACACAUCCUAGUAUCGACUCAUGCAGGGGAGGCCGGUGUCGCAGAGGUGUUUAGGACUCUUCAACUUAGACUUCGCGACUCGGCAUGGACCAUUGUCUUCAAAGCACUCAUUGUGGUGCAUCUCCUAAUACGCGAGGGCCAGCUAGACGCCGCGCUAGGCUAUCUUUCAGACAACCCCAAGAAAAUUGCGCCCAGCAACUUCUCUGAUGCGCAGCCGCAGGGGCGAAACAUCCGACGCUACGGCGAAUAUCUCAUUACGCGCGCCCGCGCAUUCGAAGCCACGAGGAUCGACCAUGUCCGAAGCGGACCGGGGCGAUUGAAGCGGUUGGGUGUGGAUAAAGGGCUUUUGAGAGAGACGGAGAUUGUACAGAAGCAGAUCCGUGCGCUGCUGCGGUGUGAUCUGUUGUCGGAUGAGCCCGAGAAUGAAGUCAGCUUGACCGCAUUUCGCCUGCUCACGCUCGAUGUUUUGACCUUGUAUUCGGUCAUGAAUGAGGGCACAAUCAAUGUUUUGGAGCAUUAUUUCGAAAUGUCCAGACCGGAUAGCAUACGCGCCCUGUCGAUAUACAAAACCUUCACGAAACAAACGGAAGAAGUGGUACAGUUUCUGGGAGUUGCAAGACAUUUCCAGUCCGCAACCCGCUUGGAAAUCCCGAAACUCAAGCACGCCUCCACUGAUCUGGCACGUCUCCUCGAAGAUGAUCUCAACGACCCCGACUUCGACCUCCGACGACGAGAAUACUUGGCUCAGAAAGGAGUGAAGCGAAGUGAACCUGAUCCGCCGUCUGCCGAGACCCCUACUACCCGUGAUAUUUUCAAACCCGCGGCGAACCCACCCAAGCAGCCUGAACAGCAAAAGCCACCCCCUGCCGACUUGAUUGAUUUCUUCGACUCGAUCGAGCAGAAUCAACAGCCGAUGGCACAACCGGCUCCCGUGCAAUAUCAACAAACGGGCUUCCAACAACAACCGCAGCAAGCGUUUUAUCCCCAGCAGACUGGCUUCCAACAACCCCAACAAACUGGGUUUCAACAGCCACAGCAGGUUGGCUUCCAGCAGCCUCAGCAGACUGGAUUACAGCCCCAAGCGACGGGAUACGGCCAGCCGGCCCCGUAUGGAGGAGCUUACGCGCAACAAGAUCCCACUAAUCCAUUCGGGCAGCCGCCCGCACCACAACCGCUCCAAGCCACGCCAACCGGGGCCGGGUUUGGUGGAUACACAGCGCAGCCCCAGUCAUAUGGGUUCCAAUCGUCUCUGGCACCCAUCCCGCAGAACGGAGUGGCCUCGUUCCCUCAUCAGCAACAACCAAUGCAGAACCAGCCACCGCAAACGCCGACCAACCCGUUCCGGCAAUCGAUGAUGCCUAAUACUCCCACCGGGGUUCCGGCGGCUCCUCUUACUCGGCAGAACACGAAUCCGUUCGCCAAGCGCCUGUCCACGGCGACUCCGCAGUUCAGUUCCGGAUCUUCUGAGCAAUUCCCGGCUGCCCUGCCUGCACAAGUGCAGGCCCCGCCACCACAGCCGCUCCAAGCUCAACGAACAGGAACCAACCCCUUUGCACGGAGCUCUCCCGCUCCCCAGCAGCCGGGCCUUGCUCCUCUUCACCCUAAUCCGACUGGCAGCACGAAUCCCUUCCGGCAGAGUGCUUUUAUCAAUCAACAAACCGGACAGGGCUGGCAAGCCAGCGGGCAACACGGUACGAUGGGUGGAUUAGAACAGAUGGAUACCGUUCCGAUCUUCCCACGACCAGGCAUGACCUAA